AUGUACACAAUCAAAGAAUGGGACAAUCAUAUAGAGGCCAGUCAAUCGAACUCCCAUUGGGAGCAUACAGCGGAAAUGUACCACAGUGGCACAAUCUCCGGGUCAACCCUGGCGGCUUUUUACAUUCGACCUAAUAAUAGUAGACAUUGUUCAUCUGUGGGCAACUCCUUGCAACCCUCGAUGGAAAGAUUGUCGAGCAUACACAGAAGAAAAGGUGUUCCAGGUGCAUUCAGCACACUCUCCACAUACACUGGCCAGCCAAUUGUCUCAGUUAGACACUUCACAGCCAACAUCUUGACCUUAUGGCUGAUGACUCCAAGUUGGGCGAUAACUUGGAUGUCAGGGUUGCAUGACCUGGCCAGUGUAAACAUCUUCUCCAGAGAUAGAGAAAGGCCAUAG